GAUUCUGAAUGAAAAGAAAAGAGAAACGAUCGAUCGGAAACCUCUUUUCCUUCAAAUCAAUUGAGGAUGCAGAGGCUCUUGAGGCUCUUCUAUCAGCCUGGAGCGCAAGCUGAACUUGAACGCGAACCGGAACGCGAACCGGAACGUCCAACCUCGAGACGAUCGACGAGACCGUCAGCCCUUGACUUCGAUCUUCCACCUCCGACAACCCAACCAGUUCCACCACCAACUCUGGAACCAUCUAUCUUCCGAUCAAUCUUUUCUACCGUAACCGAACCCGAACGAGAUUACUCGCAUCUAUCCGGCUUCGAUCUAAUGCGGGCUCUGCUCACCGAUAAUAAAACCGUCGAUCGUAGCUCAUUCUAUUACAUAUACGUGAUUUCAACAAAUAAUACAACAGCCUUGAACAAAAUAUUGGAUCGUUAUGAAUUAUCAAAACUUUUAUGGGGUCCAGGUAAAAGAGAAAUAAAUCGAUCAAAGUCAUUCACAUUUGGACAAUUAAAAUUAUUAAAAAAUCUCAAAGAUGAAUAUGUAGAAAAGAGAACAAUCUGUCGAAUUGAAUUUGAAAAUGAAAGCUGCGCGAACUUGGCAAUUGGUGUACUAAAAUUUCUUUUGUAUCAAAUAUUCAAAGAAAGUGAGAUUGGAGGUGAAGAAAAAAAUGGAUUUGAAUGUUUUAAUCAUUCGAGUUCCAGUGCUGUUUGGAGUUGGGAAGAAAUUCCUGAGAAAGGGAUGUUUGAAGCAGAGUGGUUAGCAAUGAAAAAACCAAAAAAAUUUUUACAAUGGAAUCGAAAAGUACAUUUUCAAUCAGAAAAAAACAUAUCACCAGUUUCAAGACCGAAAUUCUUAGAGACAAUAUUAGAAAUCAACCAAUUUUCAGAACUAUUGCCGUUAGAAACCAUAUUACAAACCAUGUUAUGCUUUGAACUCCUUUCAAAACCAUUACCAAAUCAAAUCAAAUUAAGUAAAGCUCGUAAGAAAUGUCAAUUUACAUUUCCUGAUACGGUUUCUUGCAAAAUAGCCUAUUUGAAGAUCUUCAAGUGUUUGAAAGAAGUCAAGGAGAAAUUAGUCUUAGAAAAGCUUGGAAGUUGUACUGAUGUUCUUAUUCCUGAUCAAUUUCAACUAGAACAUGAUGAUCAAUGGAAAAUUUGGGAUGAUUGUGUUGAAUGGGAUACCAAUCAGAUUAUAAAUUUUGCUCAUUCAAUUCGUCAACCAACAAUUACAAAUACUCCAACAAUUACUUCGAACAACUCAACUCGACAAACUGAAUCCUAUGACCCAAGUUCACUCAAACUUCCAAAGAAAUGGCAGAUUCAAAUUGUAUUAGCUACCAAUCUACCAAUCAUUCAAGAACCAAUCUCAUCAGAUUUACACUCAUUCCUGUUUGCAAAGGUUAUUAAACAUCCAUCUUCACAAGGUUUUUUUACAUUCCCAUUCUCUGUUUAUUUAGGAACUGAAGGUGGAUCUAGAUUUAGAACAAUGGUUUUAAUUUUUUAUAAAACAAAUUCACAUCAAAUGAAAUCAAAGGAUCAAAUUACAUUAGAACCGGAUGGAGAGAUAUUAAGGAGGCAAUUGAAAGAAGUUUGUCAUAAAUUUAAUUCACCUGAACAUCUACUUACAUACAGAAAAAGAAAAAUCAAAUGGCAGUACCUUGAUUUAGCUUAUUCAUCAACUGAUAAAUCUUUACAAUAUGAAAUAUACAAUGAAUUGAGCAAUUCAAAGAUAUUCAUACCUAUGAUUCAUCAACUUGGCCCAGAUGGUUCUGCACCCAAUCCUUCUGACAAUCACAGAAAUGAUGACAAUCAACGAUAUGGAAAUCUUUUUGCUAUACCUGGUGGAUUUAGAGAUUUAAGUCGUCGACAUCGUGGAAGAACAAACUCGAAUGCUGCAACCUUGUUAGAUGAUGAUGAUAAUGAUGAAGUCAUCCCAACUGAUUCAGAAACUGAUUCAGAAAGUGACAAUCUUGAUAGUGAAGAAGAAGACGUAGGAGUACAGGGAGGGAUUGAGCGCGGAGUAGUAGAGAACAAGGAUUAUAAAGCAAUCAAGCAACAACUUGAAGAUGAAAUUUGCGACCUUGAACAUCAGAAAGACGAGCCUGAUGAAGGUACUAAAAGUGCAGCUUUUGAAACUGCUCAAAUUGUCUCAGAUAGAAGAAGAAUCGAAAUUCAAGAAAGACAAAGACGUCAAAGAAGGAGACAAAAGAAAAGAAAAGCAACUGAAGAUUCUGAUUACAAAGAAAGUGAAGAGAGUGAAGACCAAGAGGAUGGGGAGGAGAUAGAUUGGGAGAAGAAAAAGAAAAAGAUGAGAAAGAUCAGAGGAAUGAAUGAUCAGGAAGAUCAACCUGAUUCAUCAGGUAUCAUUACCAAUCCCAAUUUCAUUACUAAUACUGAAGCUAUUGCAAGAAAGCAUGCUAGACCUCUUGAACGGGAACCAGGUGCAGUAUUAUAAAAGAUUUUAUAUCCCAGCUGAUAUUUGCAGGUACUUUUUGAAAACCCAUGAAAAAUUUAUGAUCAAGAUGUUUUUUUGCCAAGAAUUCAAUUCAAAAACUUGUUUGAAGAAUAUUGAAAGAAUCAUUCAAUAGGUAGUUUUAUGAUACCAAUAUGUAGAUCAAAUUGAAGGUUAAUACCUUGAAGAUUGAAAAAAUGUAUAUUGUUUGUUUAUGAAAUAUGUGAUAUAUGCUGUUGUUAACUGUCGUUGCAAAAAUGAACUUUGUUCAACUUUG